CAGCGAGCUGUUCGCAAAACGUUCACUUCCUGAAUCGAUCGGUCGGUCAGUAGUCGACUUAGAUCCGUGCAGGAUCGUUCAAACUGUAUGUACGUAUACGUGCUAUGGUACAACCCAGAUAUUCUGGGCCAUCAUGUCGUGUCUUCGCUAUUCGAUGGUUUUGAUAUUAGUUUCUUGUCCGAUUUCGGUUUUGUGUUCUGGGACAUUCGAUGAUUAUCAUGAAUGUGCGCGUCCUUGUUCCGGCGAAAUAUCUUCAAGAAAAACAUGCGUUUAUCGGUUCUUCGUCACAGAAUCGCACGGCGCAAUAAGUAGUUCCUGUAACAAAAUCGAAGACAAGGACGAGAUCUCCACAUGUACAAAUAUUAUCGCGUCAAAGAGCUUUUUGACAAUUAACGGAAGAAGUCCGGGACCAGCUAUACAAAUUUGUCUCGGCGACACAAUAGAGGUUCUUGUUUACAACAAAUUAAAAAGCGACGAGUUGACUUUCCAUUGGCAUGGAAUCCGGCAAAAAGAUUUUAAUUAUAUGGACGGUGUGCCUAUGAUAACACAAUGCCCUAUCUUACCCUACAAUGGUUUUCGUUAUAAGAUAAAUCCCGAAAGCGCAGGAACAUAUUUCUACCACGCUCACUCAGUCUCACAGCAAGGAGACGGAGUGUACGGGUCGUUGACAGUUCGAGGACCACGUGACAACGCCAGUCUAGAAAGGAUACUUGUACUGUCAUCAAGGUCAUCAACUCCGCUGACGCGACAAACACUCCUAUAUCCACCUACACCGGAUGAGCUCCUCGUAAACGGUCAGGCACGACAAGUAUUUGUGCGAGUAAAGCAUGGCUUUUCCUAUUUAUUACGUCUUAUUAAUGCCAAUGCUCACAACUGUCCCAUUUUACUAUCUGCCUACGGACACUCGCUCCGAAUAUUGGCUGCUGAUGGCAAUCCUGUACAAUCGAUGACGGGCACGCAUGUCGUUUUAUUCCCAGGUAAUCACGGGACACUUUGGGAAGACGUAGGCGCAUCUAGCGGGACGCGCGUCGGCAUGGAGUGGACGCGCGACAAGACCCUCGAGCUGCUCCGCGAGUAUCAACAACGGCGUGUCCUCUGGGAUUGGAACGCCCGGGGCUACCGGGACCGCGCGAAGCGCAAGCGAGCUAUCCAAGAGCUCGCCGAGAUUCUCUGCUGCAACACCCUCGAAGUUGAAAAAAAGAUCACCAAUCUCAAGUGCCAGUAUUCCCGAGAGGUGCACAAAAUUCAGAACAGCCGCGAUACCGCCACCGGCCCGGACGACCUAUAUGUCUCCAAGUGGUUCGCCUUCAAAGCUAUGCAAUUUCUACAAUUUGGCACGCGUAGAUACAGCAAGCGGAAGAAGAAAGUCGAGGAGGGAUCAAAGCUACAAGAAGAAUACAUUGUGAGCGACAUCGAUCCAGAAAGCAUAACGUUCAUGGACUGCAAUGAAGAGACAAACGGCUCCGGUACCGGUUCCUUCAAUGCUUCGCUAAGCGAGGACGCCGAGGAAUCCUCGUCGUCCAGUCUAAAGGCAAUGGAAUUAUAUAGUUGCUCCUUGCCGAGCCAAGACAGUUCGCCGGUCGAUCUCAACGAGGUCGAACGGAUGAAACUUGAAGCCGGCGAAACGGAUGAGAAAGGACGGAGAAAGACGAAGGAGGAGUUCGCCAAGUUCGGUGAGAGUAUUGCCGUGCAGCUCGCUGAAAUUCCCGACUCGUACUCAAGAUCGGUUGCCAAACUUAGGAUCAAUCAGAUUCUCUUCGAGGCAGAGAUCGGGGUUUACGCGCAAACGCGCGAAAGACUCGAUUGCAUUCUAAUGGCCGAACAGACGAUCGGCAAGUAUGCCUUCGACAUUCAGGGUCUUCGAGAUUGUCGUAAUUUGCGUCACGAGGCAUAUAUUUUUUACGAGAAUACCAGAUUGGAUUCGUAUGCGAUAAGGAGUACUAUUGACAACCUCGAUGAACAAGCGUUUAAGAUCAUUGAAAAUGGUCAUCAUUGUCAUAAGAUAUCGAACAAUGUCAUUUGUUCAUUGGAUCUGAAGAAUACACAAUUAUCGCAAUUGGAGGAAAAAGCGGACGAAACAAUCUAUGUGCCUUUCGACACAAAUGCCUUCUCAUUCUUUACGGACGAGAUGACAGACAAUUCUUACAAUUUUUACACAUCGAAACACUAUCCAGCUUAUUUGAGCUUAGAAAAAGGCACGACGAAGAUAUCGCAGAUUAACGGCAUGUCUUUCAAGUAUCCUUCAUCUCCGAUAUUAUCGCAACCGGAAAACACCCUGGAGGACUCGAUUUGCACCCUUGACAAACGUUCUAGCAAUUGUGCCGAUACACCGUUGUUUUGCGAGUGUCUGCAAAUGAUUCAAGUUUCACCGCGGAAAACAAUCGAAAUUGUAUUAAUAGAUGAAGGCUUCGGAGGCGAUGUAUCUCAUACGUUUCAUCUACACGGUUAUAAUGCCAGUAUCGUAGGCCAAGAGAGUUUCGAGCGACCUAUUACCAAAGAUGAAAUUAUAUCGUUGGACCGUAGUAGAAGAAUGCACCGAAAUCUUGUGAAUCCGGUACGAAAAGAUACUUUCGUUGUACCAAACAAGGGCUAUGUUAUUCUUCGAUUCUACACCGACAAUUUAGGAUAUUGGUUAUGGGAAGCGAGAAAUACUGCUAUACAUCCUCAAUUACUCGGGCCUGGAAUGCAAUUUGUAAUGAAAGUGGGGCUCGAUCGAAAUUUGCCUCUUGUGCCGAUCGACUUUCCUAGUUGCGGCAGUAACAAGGGCAUGGAUUUAAUAUUUGAGAACUCAUAAAUAUUUUAAAUAUUUUUUUAUGUAUAGCACAUAUGAGACACAAAAA